UUCUUGUGCGACUGUCUGAAACGAUCUUGAACUCGGUGCAAAGCGCUGACUCGCGUCACAGGUCAACUUGAAACAACCUUUUAUCUUAAUUACCCCGAAAUUAGUUGGAAUCCUUAAGCCACCAUAAGACUCCAGUUGUUUUAUUUAAGCUCAGUGGUAAAACAAUGGGCAAGCUGUGUACGUCGUCGAAGAAAGGAACCCAACGUAAACACCAAUUUUCAGUGAAGAGAACACCAGCUGGAUCAAAUGGAUUUUCUGACAAAUGGAUUUGCGAGAACCAAGAAAUUUCCGAAAUACAUUAUGCUUUAAAGGGAAAAGAAACCAACAUGAAAGAAAAUCGUUGCUCUGAAGGUCAUUUUCCUCAAGUGGUAGAAGGUCUGGAAUCGCAGACCAGUCAAGCGGUAAGCACAAAACAAAUGGAACAUUCUGAUCAAAGACAGGUGCAGAAUCAAAGUACGAUUAAGGAAUUUCAGCUUAAACAAAAGCAACUAAUUCCAAGGAUAAAGCUGCCAUUUCCACCAUCUACUCCUAAGAACAAGGACCACGAUGCUAUGCCUACAUUUCGACAACGAAAGUUCAGAGUUGAUUGCCCUGGCUCCCCGCUCAGUGAGGCGCGUGAAAUAAGAGUUAAAAACCGUUUCCCUGUGACCAUCUCCGUUGAUACUUUCCCUGUUACCGGUAAUCCGGCUCCGUAUAGUUGGUCGACAGACUCUAAUGACGAAGAAUGCAACAAAAAUGACGUAGAAGGGGUAAAGGAAGUAAGAAACAAUGUUGAGGGUCUCUUGGGUCUCAAUUCUCCAAUGUCACGCCUUUGGGAUUCUGUCACGACAUCUGUCACGUCGAUUAGUAACCCUCAUAUUUAUAAGAGCCGUGGUCCCCAUCCCAUCGACUCUUUUGCGCAAAGACCUCUGGAAUGGAACGCAAAACUUUGUCGUCAAAAACUAGAGCUAGCGGACAGCUUUGAUUCUCAGCGCGGUAAAGAUUCCGCCCUGGCGAGACAGAUGAUCAAAAACUGGCUUACUGACGUUAAUAUUAGAUCUAAAUAAGUCCAGGGCACGAAGAUU